AUGCCGACCCUCGGACGGUGUGGUCAGACGCUACAUCUCCCCAUUUCUUUUCUUGCUCCAAGAUCUACAUGUGCAAGGAAUGCGAACCGCUCAGCCGGCGCCAGGCCCAGACCGAUCCAAAAAUCGUGCUUUCUGUCGCCAUGUUCAAGUUCGGAGUCUAUGAAACGGCAAACUAAAGAACGAAAUAUUGGCCCAAAAUUUCAGACGAUUACAAUUGUGGCAAAAGCAAUAUGUGUCCACCUGAACUUUAGAUCAAGAUCCUCGGGCAUACGAGGUCAACCCGAGAUCGGGUUCAAAUUUCUUAAGAGCGGGUUAUCGAAUGAAGUGCUUCAGGGAUGGUCACUACACUAUUUUAUUCAUUCUGUACUAUCGUUCUUUUGA